AUGGCACCUUUCACCCCUCGAGGAGGCGCCCGUGGUGGCCGUGGCGGCGCUCGCGGAGGCCGUGGUGGUUUCGGUGGUGAUCGCGGCGGCUUCGGUGGCCGUGGCGGUGCGCGAGGUGGCCGAGGUGGUGGCCGUGGUGCUCCCCGUGGCGGUCCCCGCGGUGGUGCUCGAGGUGGUCGUGGCGGUGGUCGCGGCGGCUUCGGUGGCAAGCCUGGCCAGAAGGGCGGUGCCAAGGUCAUUGUUGAGCCUCACCGCCACCCCGGUGUCUUCGUCGUCCGCGGCGGUAAGGAGGAUGGUCUUGCGACUCGCAACCUGACCCCUGGCGAGUCCGUCUACGGCGAGAAGCGCAUCUCUGUCGACGAGACGGUCCAGAACGACGAUGGUACCACCACCACCACCAAGAUCGAGUACCGCAUGUGGAACCCCUUCCGAAGCAAGCUUUGCGCUGCCAUCGCUGGUGGUGCCGAUGAGAUCUACAUCAAGCCCGGCUCCCGCGUCCUCUACCUCGGUGGUGCCUCUGGUACCUCCGUCUCCCACGUCGCCGACCUUGUCGGUCCUACCGGCUACGUCUACGCCGUCGAGUUCUCUUCGCGAUCCGGCCGUGAUCUCAUCACCAUGGCUUCCAAGCGACCCAACGUUGUCCCCAUUGUCGAGGACGCCCGUCAGCCUGCCCGCUACCGCAUGAUCGUCCCCAUGGUCGAUGUCAUCUUUGCCGAUGUUGCCCAGCCCGACCAGGCCCGUAUCGUCGCCAUGAACGCCAACUGGUUCCUCAAGGUUGGCGGUGGUGUCCUCAUCUCCAUCAAGGCCAACUGUAUCGACAGCACUGCGCCUGCCGCCGAGGUCUUUGCCAAUGAGGUCCAGAAGAUGCGAGCGGAGUCCAUCAAGCCCAAGUUCCAGCUCACCCUGGAACCCUUCGAGCGUGACCAUUGUUUGGUUGCCGGUGAGUACCAGCGCUACAAGUCCUAA